AUGGCGGCGAGACUCACCACCUUCCUCAAGAACGCCUGGGCCAAGGAGCCGGUGCUAGUCGUAUCCUUCACCAUCGGGGGCCUCGCUAUCACCCUGCCCCCGUUAAGCCCCUACACCAAGUACGCCAGCAUGAUCAACAAGGCCACCCCCUACAGCUACCCAGUGCCCCUCCGAGAUGACGGGAAUUUGCCAGACGUGCCCAGCCACCCGCAGGACCCCCAGGGCCCCAGCUUGGAGUGGCUGAAGAAACUGUGA